CUCGGACGUGUAUAUUAUAUACCGGAUUGGUCGCUUCUAGACCAGCAAGAUGCUGCCCAUCACAAUAAUAUUGCUCGUUGUUACGAGCGCAUUUGCAGCUCCAUCAGUGACCGUCACCCAAUACAACGCCAAUGAUAUCCCACCAGUCCCUGACAAUGGCAAACCAAGUUCAAGCAUCGAGAAUGCAUUCGACGUUCUCAGCGACGGUGGCGACACCAACAUCUACAUCCUGACCAUCCGUCAGAUCCUCAACGAUCUGGCCAACCAGUCUGACUCUAAGAGCCAGGCGCUCGCUGUAGGUCAGGCCAUCGCCAUCCUCGGCGAACUGGCUUAUGGUAACCCUGGUGACGCUUGCGCUGCGGCUGAGCUCGUGAACGCUUACACAAGCGGCAACAAGGCGGCAACUCGCGCCGCUCUAGGCAACUUCAUCCAGAGUCUGGUCGCCAACAUCGACUCAUUAGUCCAGCUCAUCCUCAACCCUAACUCUGUCAGAUACUCUAGUGGUAGACGUGGCAACUGCGUGGGAGGUGGCAGAAGCUACAACUUCGAAGCUGCCUGGGACUCCGUGCUCUCGGAGGCAGAUCCCUUCCUAUCAAGCUUAUACAACGAAGAAUACUGCGCUGCAAAGAGGCUGUACAAUGCCUUCAACAUCCGCAGUAAUAACGUAGGUGCUGCAGUCACCGCAGCAUCCUUGUCACCUGUCACUAAAGUUGUACAGAGGGCUUACAGCACUCUGGCUAACCUCUUGCGCGCAAUUGGAAACAACGGUAACGUAAUCGGAGCCGCCGCGGCCGCUAAGGUUGAACUUCUACGUUCUCUCUAAACACUUUCAAAUUUUACCAACAUCAUCGUAUUACCAACAUAACGUCAUAUUACCAACAUGACAAGUUUUACAUGUAUUACCGAACAUGUCUAUCAGAACUAUAGUAUUUGUUAUAUAAUAUACACAUAUAUCCAUCAUAUUAAAGUCAAUAUUCUAAGCAUUUUGUAUAUUGUAUAUAGCAGAAUUAUCAUACUACUAUUUAUGUAAAUAUAAAUCUUAUAGUAAACAACGACAUGGCUUUUAUUACGGAAAUUGAUUAUAUUUGUUUAUUUACUAAAGAUUUCCAAUAAAGAUGUGUCCUUUCA